UUUAGAAAGUGACAUGUUACGUCUUUGUUUCGCAAACCGCCGUGUGUGUUGUGAGGCCUCGCGCUAGCUGCGGGGUUAUCGUAGGCCGACCGGUUCUCCUCCUCGACCCGUGCGACGAUAUAUAGAGAACGAUUUUAAUAAAGACCGAAGGCGAAUAUAUUCAAAGACGAAUGCUGUUCUUAUUUAUGCUGACUUUUGUAAUGUAUAUGCUUCGCGUCUGUCGGUGGUUUCUGUCGAAUCCGCUUCGCUACCCGCUAGCUGGGGGUCGAUGACGGGUUGAAUAUUAGAUUAGAUUAGAUUCAACUUUAUUGUCAUUACACAUGUACAAGUACAGAGCAACGAAAUGCACUUUGGCAUCUAACCAGAAGUGCAACAGAAGUAUCAUAAUAAAUACAUGACAUACAGGUUAUGCGGAGAUAUAAGUAUAUAUUUCUGGUGUUGCUAAACUAGUGCAAAUAUUCAGUGUAUAUUAACUCGAUAGUGCAACAAAUGGCAUAAAGUGUCUACAGUGCGCAUAGAGUGGUGUAUGAUGAUCAGAGGGGGGUAGAGUUCAAAAGAGUAACAGCUCUGUGGAAGAAGCUGUUGCUCUCGAUCACACAGCGGUAGAAAUUCACCAGGAUGGCUGAAGACAGGUGAUUCUUCUUCAGUGUCCUCAGAAAGAAGAGGCGCUGGUGAGCUUUCUUGACGAGGCUGGAGGUGUUGGUGUUCCAGGACGGGUCCUCCGAGAUAUGGGUCCCCAGGAACUUGAAGCUGGAAACACGCUCGACGGCCAUCCCGUUGAUGUGGAUGGGGUCGUGCGUGCUCUUGUUCUUCUUCCUGAAGUCCACGAUGAGCUCCUUGGUUUUGCUUGUGUUAAGGAGCUGGUUAUUGUCGGCGCACCACAUGGCCAGUCUGCAGUGGGUUCUGGACAAGCAGGACCUGAUGAAAGAGCGACAGAAGGAUCUGAAGUUUCUCUCGGAAGAGGAGUACUGGAAGCUGCAGAUUUUCUUUGCCAAUGUGAUCCAGGCUUUAGGAGAACACCUGAAGCUGCGGCAGCAGGUCAUCGCUACUGCAACUGUUUACUUCAAACGCUUCUACGCCAGGUAUUCCCUGAAAAGUAUAGAUCCAGUGCUCAUGGCUCCUACCUGUGUUUUUUUAGCUUCUAAAGUUGAGGAAUUUGGAGUUGUGUCCAAUACCAGGCUAAUCUCUGCGGCAACAUCUGUGUUGAAAACAAGAUUUUCCUAUGCCUUUCCAAAGGAGUUCCCAUACAGAAUGAAUCAUAUACUAGAGUGUGAGUUCUACCUUCUGGAGUUGAUGGACUGCUGCCUCAUCGUGUACCACCCCUACAGACCUCUGUUGCAGUAUGUGCAGGAUAUGGGACAGGAGGACAUGCUGCUGCCCCUGGCCUGGCGAAUAGUGAACGACACAUACAGGACGGAUCUGUGUCUGCUCUACCCUCCCUUCAUGAUUGCCUUGGCCUGCCUCCAUGUUGCCUGCGUGGUGCAGCAGAAAGAUGCCAGGCAGUGGUUUGCAGAGCUUUCGGUCGACAUGGACAAAAUCCUGGAGAUCAUCCGUGUCAUUCUGAAGCUCUACGACCAGUGGAAAAACUUUGAUGACAGAAAGGAGAUCGCCGCCGUGCUAAACAAGAUGCCCAAACCCAAACCUCCUCCCAACAGCGAGAGUGACCAGAGCUCCAAUGGGAACCAGGGCAACUCCUACAGCCAGUCCUAGCGCGGCGUCGACAUUUUCCUUCGGAAUCCAGAAUGCUGACGUAGAGACGGGUGUUUUUUUCUUUUUUCGAAAUGUCACUGUUGUGAUGUUGGCUGAAAAAGAAGAAGGAAAAAUCCCAUUUCAGCCCACUGAGAUGCCCCUUCAUCUUUAACCGACACCCCCAACGAACUCUGAGAGCCCCCGUCUUCACUCUUCCCCUCUCUGAUCAUCAUGGAGGGAGCGAGUAGCCACUGAAAUAUCUCGACUUCGCUCCGGACUUGAAAUUAACUUAAAAACUGAGGAACAUUUAAAGGUGUGUGGUGGGGGGGGGGAGGUGGUUAUAGGCCAGAUGUGAUGGUACAGAGGAAGCCCGCUUUAGUGUCGUUGUGAUGAUCCUGACAAUCUUGAACAGCACAGAGGAGCGAAUUUUUUCAUGUGGCGCUCCGUGGGGUUUCGAGUUAACUUGAUCACAAGUACUGUGUGUGUGUGUGUGUGUGUGUGUGUGUGUGUGUGUGUGUGUGUGUGUGUGUGUGUGUGUGUGUGUGUGUGUGUGUGUGUGUGUGUGUGUGUGUGUGUGUGUGUGUGUGUGUGUGUGUGUGUGUGUGUGUGUGUGUGCAAUGCGAGUGGCCAGCCUGGGUGGGUUUUCAUUCCUCAGGUACAUGGUGGUCUUCUCCGUCAAACGAUUGCAUCCUCUGCGGAUCUGAUUGGAUGUCACCCCGUGCGACUGACGUGAUUGGACGGCCCUGCUGCGUCAGGUCUCUGCUGGUUGAUCAAUAACCCGAGAGAAGGCUCCUCGUUAUGGUAGAAAUUAAUUCUUUGAAUACAAUGAUUUACUGUUUUCAAUCAUGACAACGUCGCCUCGUCCGUCCCCUCCCGCUUCCCUUUUGUAAAUAGCCGUAUAACUCUAUUCAUCUUAUCUUUCAUGUUUUGGCUUGAGUAAUGAAAAUAUAAAUGGAAAUCAUGAGCUGGUUUAGCUUUGUGCGCCAAAUAAAAGGACCAUCAUGAUUCUGUUGGUCUGCGGCAAAGCUAAUACUUCAUUUAAUUGCUUUAUUUUUUAUUUUUUACCUGUUGUGCUUUAGUUGUAGAGUUGUCUAAAGCUAUAUUUUGUUUUUCAUUGGUCAAGAAAGUACAUUUCUUUUCGGGGGGCCAAAAUGCAAAUUACAAUCGUUCUAGAUUUGUUGCAAACUUUUGGUUUUUAAUCUACCGUCUGCCAUCUAUUCAAUUGUUUUAUUGUGGCAAUAUGUGUGUAUGCAUAUACCUGUAGAUGUCUCUAUGUGUGUGUGUGUGUGUGUGUGUGUGUGUGUGUGAUUCAGUGGGAGCAUGUGUGGCUGGACUCAUAACAAGGGUGCUAGAAAGCCUCCCAAAAUGAAAGCUGCUGGUUACAGAGAACACCUGUCGUAAAAAAAAAAGCACAACGUUCAGGCCAACUGGAAGAAUUCCUUCUGGGGUUGAGUGUCGUCGCUUUGCUCGGAUGCGUCUUUUUCCUCGUCGGUUUCCUCGAUGUCUUCGUGUCGCUCUUGGAUAAACACAAACAAAAAAUGCACAAAAACAUGGCGUUAAAUGCCACGGAGGAGAGUUGUGUGCGGCCUCGUUCUGCGUCCUCUGACAUGCUCCUCCCCUCAUGACUUUACUGGGCGUGACAUAUUUAAAGGGAUUCACCACGCCUGAAUAAUCCGACUAGUUCUGGUAAAAACACAUUUUCCACAAUUGUUUUAUAACUUGAAAGUCUCUGUUCAUAAUUUUUUGGAGGAUCAUUGUAAUAAAAAUGUAUGAUGUGCAUAACGA